AUGCCUUUUGUGGCGCCGUUGUUUUCGAUUGUUUAUUCGUUAAGCAUCAUCAGCUUCACCGAGAGUCGGUUCUGGGGAACGCCCAACUUCUACUCAACGCGGAGCACAAUCGUGCACUUGGACCAGUGGUUGUACGAUGACGUGCAGAGGGAAUGUUCGGAGCAUUUGGACAAAUGGCAAAUCGCAGCAGUUCUGGUCUCAGCUCCGAACGACCACGCCUUCAAAACCGGUCGAGUUCUCGAUGGCCAGUUGCAGUAUCGACAGUAUACCGAAAGAUAUCAACCGGUGUCGUUCACGAAACUCGACAGCGCCAGCGGAACUUUCGAGCAGUUCAAACGAAUGGUUCAGGCGUGUAAUGAAAACAACAUCAGAGUAUAUGUAGACGUCGUUCUCGGGCACACGACAUCGAACUCGUCGCACGAGAGCUACGCGGGAACAGAAUUCGACGCGACGAAUAUCUAUUUUGAAGACUUCCAUGCGACCGACUUCUUCCCAAAGGGGAGAUGCCCCACACGGAGCGGCAACGUCGAAGACCCAAGUGACCGGAGCCAGCUUCUGAACUGCCGCGAGCAAGGUUGGCUCCGCUUGGACCUCCAAAGCGUUCACGUCCAGAACGUGCUCGGCACCUACCUUCAAACGUUACAACUAGUUGGAGUUAGUGGUUUCAGAGUGGCGUAUGCAGACCGCUUGGAUGUUUAUGAUCUCGAGGCAAUUUUGGAUAAGCUUCUGCCGUCGACAACGCUGCACGACCCGAAUCCAAUUUCGCCUUUUGUAUUCUUCGACGCGCCGUUGGCGUCGAGCAGUUCACGAGUGGCACUUUCCUCUUUAGGAGUUCUAGUCAACACCACACUCGCGUCCAAUAUUGAUAAAAUCGCACGGCGUCAAAGUACUUGGGCACUGUUGACCAGAGAAGAAAGCUUGUGGCAGUUACGACCGGAUCAGGUGCAGGCUCAUGUAUUUUCGUUGGCACGCGAGGACGUCUUCCGGGCGGCAUCGAUCAAUGACUACUGGCGGCGCGUGUUGGUAAACAUAGUCAUGAUGACUCUGCCCCGCGGGAUCCCCCUCAUUUACGCAGGAUGGAAGCCGCGGAAACUUCCCGCGCCAGGAAUGCGUUCGGAGGACCUCGGGCCACCUUCGUCGCCAGAUUUCGACACGCUCCCAGUGGUGUCCACAAAGGAGGGAUUAUGCGCCGCGGGCUGGGACUGCAUCCACCGACAGAAGCCUCUCUGUCAUUUCCCCGUAUGGAGGAAUGUGGCUGGCAGGAGUGCUGCUCUGAAUAUCCGCCUCAGCGAUGAAGGAGACACACUCUCGUUCGCACGCAAGGAAAGGUCAUUCGUCGUCGUGGCAACCGGUGAAAAAGCCGCUAGAGGAGAUUUCAACACUACGUUGAGAGAAGGAUUCUACUGCGACGUGAUCUCGGGAGAGCGAAUCUUCGAAACAACUUGCACCGGCGACAAGUAUCGAGUCUACGAUAAUCAUUUCAUCAACAUUCUCGGCGAGUCGAGGAUCCAUCGGAGCAGGCGGCUCCCCGUGAUGGCUGUGCAUGAAGAGAGUCGGACCUUCUCCGAGAGCGAGAAUCGACAGAGCGCAGACGCAGAGGUGUCUAAUAUUGUGAUAGUUUGAGCCCCGAACGGAAGAUAGAGCGGAGAGCGGGGUCCGCAUCGAUUUGUCGCCUGUCUCACUGAGUGUCAAAACUAUCGGAGACCGGCGAG